UCUCUCUCUCUCUCUCUCUUUUUCGCUCUUCCCGAUUUUCCAUUUGUUUGUCAUCUUCUUUGGUAGGUUGGCUGGCUCUGUUCUCUUAUAAUGCCUCUCUUUUCUUUCUUUCUCUUCUUCACUCAUGUAAAAAUGUUCAACUCUCUCUCUCUCUUCCCUCAUUUGAAUCCAAUUUAAUAACUUCAAUUUCCCAUCUCCUUUUCUCCCUCUAUUGCUCUCUCAAGCUUUAAAGCUUGUGUUUUUAUUACUGAAGUUGUGUAUUCAUUUAUGAUAUAUAUUGUUCAUCUUCCCCAUCUCUCUCAUCAACACUUUGUGUCAGACCAACAGGGGAGGAAAAAAAAAAAAGAUAACAGCCCACAAAAGGAAAUCAUAUUUGUAUUAAAGAGUGAACGCAAGAAAAGAUAAAUUAAACCUUUUUUUUUUUUGAGAGAAUGAAUGGUCUCAUACACCUUCAGCCUGAUUCGUCUGAGUUUGUUGAAGCUGAUCCGACUGGAAGAUAUGGGAGAUACAAUGAAGUUCUAGGCAAAGGAUCUUCUAAGAUAGUUUAUAGAGCGUUCGAUGAGUAUGAAGGGAUUGAAGUUGCUUGGAACCAGGUCAAGCUUUAUGAUUUCCUGCAAAGUCCUGAAGAUCUUGAAAGACUCUAUUGUGAAAUUCAUCUCCUGAAGACAUUGAAGCACAAGAACAUUAUGAAGUUCUACACUUCUUGGGUUGAUACUGCAAAUAGAAACAUCAACUUUGUUACUGAAAUGUUCACUUCUGGGACCUUAAGACAGUAUAGGCUAAAGCACAGAAGAGUCAACAUUAGAGCAGUGAAGCAUUGGUGUAGGCAGAUCUUGAAAGGACUUUUCUAUCUCCACAGCCAUGACCCUCCUGUGAUUCAUAGAGAUCUCAAGUGUGACAAUAUUUUUGUUAAUGGGAACCAAGGAGAAGUGAAAAUUGGAGAUCUAGGCCUUGCUGCUAUCCUUAGAAAGUCUCAUGCUGCUCACUGUGUUGGGACACCAGAGUUCAUGGCUCCAGAAGUGUACGAAGAGGCAUAUAAUGAAUUAGUUGACAUCUAUUCAUUUGGCAUGUGCAUUUUGGAAAUGGUCACCUUUGAAUAUCCAUAUAGUGAAUGCACUCAUCCUGCACAAAUUUACAAGAAAGUUAUCUCUGGUAAAAAACCAGAUGCCUUGUACAAAGUGAAGGAUCCUGAAGUGCGACAAUUUAUUGAGAAAUGCCUGGCAACUGUGUCCCAUAGGCUUUCUGCUAGGGAGUUGUUGAACGACCCUUUUCUCCAAAUUGAUGAUUGUGAGUCUGAUUUGAGUUUGCUAGACUAUGGGAGAGAAGUCUAUGUUGUGGACCCUUUCAUAAGGCAACCUUAUCUUGAACUCUAUCAUUGUAAUAAUUUCUUUGGUACUGGACACUCGAAUGGUUACGGCUAUGAAGCUCAAAAUGAGUUGGGAUAUCCUCUAGUUGAGGUUGAACCAAAUGGUAUUGAACUUUUUGAGUAUCAUGAUGACGACGAUCAUUCCACUAAUGUUGACAUUAGUAUCAAGGGGAAACGGAGAGAUGAUGAUGGUAUUUUUUUAAGACUCAGAAUUGCAGAUAAAGAAGGUCGUAUCCGAAACAUAUAUUUCCCAUUUGACAUUGAAACAGACACAGCAUUGAGUGUGGCAACUGAAAUGGUUGCGGAGCUGGAUAUUACUGACCAAGAUGUGACAAAGAUAGCAGACAUUAUUGAUGGGGAGAUUGCUUCCUUGGUACCUCAAUGGAGGUUGGGGCCAGGAAUGGUAGAAACAUCUCAAUUUGCAAAUCAAAAUUUCUGUCUUAAUUGUGCUUCCAACCAGACCUCUACCGGCUCCCUCAUGAAUUAUCUUUCUCAUAAUCAUGGUGCCAAGAACCUGCAACUCCUUCAAUGUUGUAAGAAUGGAUGUGCUUCAAUGCAUGGCCGGUUUGAAGAGAUUACCUUUGAAGCUGAAGAAUCUGAGCAUCAUGUGACUGAAGGUGCACCAAUUGAAUCAAGCCAAUCAGACUGCCUUCAUUAUCAAGAAAUUUGGGGUCAACAUGAAAGCCAAGAACUUAGUAUGGGUGAGUCUGGACAUAGCCAUUAUGAUGAAGAAUAUGAAAAUUCCGAUCAGUCAUUUGCAGCUCUGGACGAGAAAGACAUGAAAGAUCAAACAAAUAUUGAAAUGAAUGCUAGAAAGUCAAUUAGACACUUGUAUAAUUCUUGUUCUUUCUCCAUCGUUCCUUCUGUGUAUUGUGACCUAUCAGAUAACCAUGAGAAGGAAAUGCAGCAGGAAUUAAGAUGGCUCAGGGCAAAGUAUCAGAUGGAAUUAAGGGAACUUAAGAAUAAACAAUUAGGAGGUGCAUCAAAAUCUUCAAGUUUUAGCAACAAAGAAAACAAAACAAGUAAUGGCAUUUUAUCACAUAUCUUAUCAAACCCUUUACAAGGAACCAAAAAUGGAGUUCACUUGAAACAGAUAAGUUCAGUCUGCCAUGAUCUUGACAGUAAGAGCCGCUGCCCCAAUUCGGACACCCAAAGGGGCCGAAAUUGUAAGGCGAUGGAAGAAUCCCCUAGAGCCCAGAUAAUGGUCAAUGCCAACAAUUUUCAUACAGGAUCUUUGCUUCCGCACUCUCUUCACAGGACAACAUCCCUCCCAGUUGAUGCUAUUGAUUAUUAAACUUUGUAAGGCACUCUUUGAUUCUUUUAAACAUUCCAUAUGCAUGUAGAGGCUUUGUAAUUAUCAAAUCCACCCUUUUUGGCCUAGUAAUAGCAUAUUCACCUUUAAGUUUCUACCAUUCUCCCUCUCUCUCAAUACAUUCAUGCAUAGUCAGUCUAACUGUAAGGCACAUGUGAUAGAGAUGUAGGGUCAGAUGAUAUUUUAUUAAUCAUCUGUUCUGUAUUACUUUAUCAUUGAAUGUUACUAAUAUGAUGUUGAAUGUAGUAAAUCAUGUCAUUUUUAGUGA